UGGUACUUACUAAUGGACAAAACAAAGCAUUUUUCCAAAAGAUUUUAGCUCUUACUGCUGAAGCAAAGAUGGCAAUAGAUCCUUUGCAGUCAAGGCAUAGAGAGCUUCUCAAGAUUGAGAAAUCUGUCCGUGAGAUGAGGGAUCAGUUUGUUGAACUUGGAACAUUGAUUGAGAGGCAGGGUGCAACUAUUGACUGUAUUGAAUACUUUGUGUUGCACGCAGAGGACAAUACUGAGAACGCAAAGCGAAGAAUGCAGAAAUUAAAGAAAAAAAAGAAAAAAAGAAGAAACUUAAUGUACAAGGUUAUAGCUGGAGCAAUAAUAGUCUUCAUCAUCGUCAUACUGAUACUAGUAUGAUACCAGAGGUCUCACUGCCAAGAUUCUCAUAAUAAUCUCUAUCAGUAGUUUACACGAAACAAUGGAAAAGCCAGGAUGGAAUAAUGACAGUAUUAUCAAAAGGAUAGAUUGCUACUCACUGUAUAGCAGAGAUGCUGAGUUGCAGACAGGCACAACAA